UUCUUCCCUUUUUAUGGCCCCCUCGCCUCCUUUCCUCGGACUACAAAUGCGGCGCAACCGCGGCGGCCACCACCAGUACGGCGUCGCGCAGUAGACAGGACAGCGCCAUAGCGGGGAUGCUUUUGCUUUCGCCCUCGCAUCGCGCACGGUAGACAGUCAAAUCCGAGGCCCGAGGGGGAGGCCGUUGCAACGGCUAGUUGCGGCUGGCGGGUCCGAUGGACCCGUACCGCGGCAGCGCCGCCGCCGGAGGAAGCAGAGGCGGCGACGCCCAUGGACAAAUGUGGUCUGUGGGAUUGGCAAGCAGGAGAGCAUUGUGAAUCUAAUGAUGCAGGUCAUGUAGAUGCUACUAAAUUCGUGUGGGAUUGCCUCAAUCAAGAUGAUGAUGAGCUACUGGGAUUGCUUGGGAAUCAAACUCCGCUGAGAGACUGCUGUGAUUUAUUCGCUGAUAUUGGCGAUAUCACCUGCAAGGAGACUCUGGACCUGGAGGAAUCUCGGGAACCAAAGCGGCGGCGCACAUUGGAGUACCCUUUGGAGUCUAGUCAGUCAGAAUUUGGAAAUCAUGAAACUAGUUCUACAUUGGUCACAUCUGAGGUAACGGAGAUUUCAUUGUUUUGCACUGAUGAACCACAGAGCUUAAAUUAUGAUAUGCAGCAAAAUGCAAAUGACUUAGAUACAAUGAAUUCCUUGUCAAAUGGAGCACCCUACCGACCAGAAGAUAACCAUUUGGAAAAUUGCUCCGAUAGAACUCCAAUGUUCUUCAGGCCUGAUCAAACGCCUUGUAGCCAGGAGAGUGUUACUUAUAUUGAUGAUCAAACUGGUGUUUCAGCCACAGGAACAAGUGAGAUUGCACCUGUCACAGAAAGUCUCAUAAUGCAGGAGACUAUGAAGCUUUCUACACUCAAAGUCUCUAAAGGAGGGAGCUCACUGAGUAAGGUGAAGCAAAAUUUAACUACAUCUAUAGCAUACCCUUUUACUCUCAUCAAACCAUCUUGGGAGGAAGGAGAUGUUACUCUGAACGAUAUAAACCAGCGAAUUCGUGCUCCUCUGAAGAAGCCCCCAGAGAUCCUAGGAACCUCAGCUUUCUCUGGCAAGCCAGUCAUAGGCAAGACAAGAAUCAGAACAGAAGGGGGAAAAGGCAGCAUCACAAUACUAAGAACAAAGGGCUGAGAAUGCCAUUGAUUCUUAUUCAUUUGCCAUUCUCUCGACUGAAUCAGAACAGAAGGGGGGAAGACAACAUCACAAUGUGCCCAAAGAACAAAGGGCUGAGAGCCUGAGGCAACCAUUGAUUCUUAUUUAUCUGCCAUUCUCUCGAUUUUUUGCAGCACCUAGGUCAAUUGUGCAGGCCUCUGUAGCUUUCUAUUUUUUUGUCUCAAUUUUGUGCCAUGUCUUUGGUGUUUCUGAAUUACUGUAGAUGUGUGACUCUUUCUUCAAAGAUUCAGCAUUCAUCUGGUGUAUUUAGUGACAUGUGGCUAAUGAUAUAUACGAAAAAUCAAAGUUCAGAA